GUCACUCCUCGCUCGCACCUCCCUUACGCCAGCCCUUCCCCGCUUUUCCUCGCGCUAUAUUUAACCCUCUGACUGUUGGCCUCGCAGCGCAUGCUGGCAUCUCCAGCUUUGCCAGCCUUGCGUCUCUCCCGUGCCCUCUCCCUCCGGCGCCCCUUUUCUUGCCCAGCUCACGCCUGCCUUCUCCCUACCCUCCUGCUCUGACUCUCUCUGGCUCACUCUUGUACCCGAGCCGCGAGGCUGCCCGCCCAGACGUCCAAGCCAGAACAGCUCCAAAGGAGAGAGCGGAGAGCCGCCUGCCUGCACGUUGGGUAGGUGCGUCUGGAGUUGCAACGGCGAGCAUCCCCCGCGAGGAGGUCCCGAGCGGCAUGGCCCGAAGAAGCUCCUUCCCUGGCGCUGCGCUCGCGCUCUGGAGCAUCCUCCAAAGCAUGCUGGUGCUGCGCGCCGAGGUCGGGCAGCCGCGGGAGGAGAGCAUGUACCUGUGGAUCGAUGCUCACCAGGCGAGAGUGCUCAUAGGAUUUGAAGAAGACAUCCUGAUUGUUUCAGAGGGGAAAAUGGCCCCCUUCACACAUGAUUUCAGGAAAGCACAACAGAGAAUGCCAGCCAUUCCUGUCAAUAUCCAUUCUAUGAAUUUUACCUGGCAAGCUGCAGGGCAGGCAGAAUACUUCUAUGAAUUCCUGUCCUUGCGCUCCCUGGAUAAAGGCAUCAUGGCAGAUCCAACCGUUAAUGUGCCUCUGCUGGGAACAGUGCCUCACAAGGCAUCAGUUGUUCAAGUUGGAUUCCCAUGUCUUGGGAAACAAGAUGGAGUGGCAGCAUUUGAAGUGAAUGUGAUUGUAAUGAAUGCAGAAGGAAACACUAUCCUGCAGACACCCCAAAAUGCCAUCUUCUUUAAAACAUGUCAACAAGCUGAAUGCCCCGGAGGGUGCCGAAAUGGUGGCUUUUGUAAUGAACGACGCAUCUGUGAGUGUCCUGAUGGAUUCUAUGGACCUCACUGUGAGAAAGCCCUUUGCACCCCACGAUGCAUGAAUGGCGGGCUUUGUGUUACUCCUGGUUUCUGCAUCUGCCCACCUGGAUUCUAUGGAGUCAACUGUGAUAAAGCAAACUGCUCAAACACCUGCUUUAAUGGAGGGACCUGUUUCUACCCUGGAAAGUGUAUAUGCCCUCCAGGACUGGAGGGAGAACAGUGUGAAAUAAGCAAAUGUCCACAACCUUGUCGCAAUGGAGGUAAAUGCAUUGGUAAAAGCAAAUGUAAGUGCUCCAAAGGUUACCAAGGAGACCUCUGUUCAAAGCCUGUCUGUGAGCCUGGCUGCGGAGCGCACGGAACCUGCCAUGAACCCAACAAAUGCCAAUGUCAAGAAGGCUGGCAUGGAAGACACUGCAAUAAAAGAUAUGGAGCCAGCCUCAUGCAUGCCCUGAGGCCAGCAGGCGCCCGGCUCAGGCUGCACACGCCUUCACUUAAAAAGGCCGAGGAGCGGCAGGACCCACCUGAAUCCAAUUACAUCUGGUGAACUCCGACAUCUGAAACGUUUUAAGUUACACCAAGUUCAUAGCCUUUGUUAACCUUUCAUGUGUUGAAUGUUCAAAUAAUGUUCAUCACAGUUAAGAAUACUGGCCUGAAUUUUAUUAGCUUCAUUAUAAGUCACUGAGCUGAUAUUUACUCUUCCUUUUAAGUUCUCUAAGUAUGUCUGUAGCAUGAUGGGAUAGAUUUUCUUGUUUCAGUGCUUUGGUACAGAUUUUAUGUCAGUUGAUCAAGUUAAAAUUUUGUCUUUGCAGUGCAGUUGGCAGAUAAUUUCCAAAAUUACAAUGCAUUCAUGGUGUCGGGGGUUGGGGGUAAACAUUAGAGAAGAUAAAUGCAACAAAAAUGCAUAAGUCACAGGGAUUUGGAUGAAGCACUUCAAGGUGCUGAAGUUACAAGCGUACAAAUUUUAUUGUCAUGUAUUUAGACAUUGGUCACAUUUUUUUCAUCACCCUUAUUUUAAAACUAAAUACAAUGUAUUUUGACCUUAUCAUGACUCCAGAGAAUUCACUAUUAAAAAAAAAAAAUAAAAGAAGUAACACUGUUGUAGUGGCAUUUAAACAAUAUAAUAUAUUGUAAACACAAUAAAAUAGGGAAUAUAAUGUAUGAACUUUUGCAUUGGCUUGAAGCAACAUAAUAUAUUGUAAACAAAACACAGCUCUUACGUAAUAAACAUUUUAUACUGUUUGUACGUAUAAAAUAAAGGUGCUGCUUUAGUUUUCUGA